ACUUUUUGAGGUUAUGCAUCAGUCAAAUUUUUAAAAAAUCAAUAAUAAAACUUGAAAAUGCAUUCAAAAAUAAAAUUCAAUUGAAAAUGAAUAUUAAUUUAAAUAAUUUAAACAAUGAGACGAGUUCUCAGAAUGAAGCCGAAGUAAACAGUAUUUUAUCAUCACUAGUAACUAGCAGAGAAUCAAAAUGUAUAAAUACGGAGCCAAUCGAAAAACUAAUUUGUUCUGAAAACUUGAAAACUAGGACGUUUACUGCCCAAGCAAUAGCAGAACUUGCGAAGACAGAUAUUAACCGUGAAUUAUUUACAAAUGAAAAAGUACUUUCGCUAUUGGUCAAAUUAUUUCACGAUGAAGACGAAGAACUAACGGUUCAAACAUGUCGUGCUAUAGCAAAUAUAACUUUUGAAAACCAAAAAGCACAAUCGUUACUAGGAACAGAUGGACUUAACGAAAUAAUAUCUGUCCUGAAAUCGAGUUCCAAUAACGUUAAAUUGAGAAGAGUCCUAUGUGGAUGCUUACUGAAUGUAGUUAUGAAUAGUGACGAACUUCAGAAAGAAGAAAUAAGGAAAAAUCUUUUGAGAAUAAUAGAAAACAUAUGUGAGCAACAGUUUGAAGACUUUGAAGAGUUUGAAGAUGCCUUUUAUUAUUUGUUAUCUAUUAUUAAUAUCUUAGCAGAACAUUUGGAUGAGAAUACAACAUUGUCGGACAAUUUAUUAAAAAUACUUGUUGGUAUCCUAAAAGUAUCCCUAAACUUCGCAAUUUCUAGUAUUUGUUUAGACAUCAUACAAGGACAGCUGGCCAAUAAUGAUGUCAAGUUAUUUCUUGCAAAGCAAGGAAUUUGUGAGCUUGUCUUUCAAUUAAUAGAACAAUAUAAGAGUCAAAUUGAUGAUGAAGAUAGUCGAUUGCUACUGAAAUCUGCCUGUGACUUAAUUGUUCUUAUUCUAACUGGGGAUGAAUCCAUGGAAUACCUGUAUGACAAAGGUAACGGGAAAUUGUACCAGAACAUGCUUCUCUGGUUGGAUUCUGAUGACAUUGAUCUCAAAAGUACAGGAAUAUUAGCAAUUGGAAAUUUUGCACGAAACGAUAGCCAUUGCAUUCAAAUGACUCAAAAUAAAACAGCCAAAAAGCUGUUGGAGGUAUUAUCUGAAAACAAUUGCACCAAUGGUGAUAUAAAGUUAAAACAUGCUCUUCUAAGUACGUUAAGGAACUUGGUAAUUCCAGCACAAAACAAAGCCCAAAUAUUAAACGACGGUUUAAUUGAAAUAUUGUAUCCACUGCUUCAAGUUAAUCAUGAAACUGUUAUUUUUAAAUUACUGGGAACAAUUAGGAUGGUUAUUGAUGGUCAAGAGGAAGCAGCUCUCAAUCUUGCAACCCGUCCUGAAUUCAUCAAGAAAUUGGUUGAAUACUGUUUUAAUUCUGACCAUAUAGGAGUUAGGGGAGAAGCGACCCGCCUCCUAGCGUGGCUCAUAAAACAUUGCCACUCAUCAAAACCUUUCCCUCUCAUCCUUGAAACCAAAGACUGCAUCAGAAGUGUGGUGGAAAUGAUAUCUUCCAAUUUUGCGGUGAUGCAAAACGAAGCUCUUUAUGCCCUCAACUUGAUUUGUUUUGUUUACUUUACAAAAGACAAGGAAGAAGAGUAUGAAUGCAAUAGCAGUACCAACAAGAAUAUUAACAGAAACGAAGACGAUUUUAAUAGGGAAAAGGGCGAAGAAAAACUGUGUCAGGCCCUCAAGGAGGCAGACGUUGGUAAGCAUUUAACAUUCGUUCUUAAUAAGUACAGGGAAAAAAUGGAUAAGGAAACGAUAGGAAAUGUUGUAACCUUCUUGGAACAAGUGACUAAAUCAGGAGAAUUGGUGCAGCACCUGAAAGACUCGGGGGUUCAUGAAGCUCUUGCAAAAAUACGGGAACAGAAAAAUGCCGAAGCAAGUGCUGGGAAGAUAACAGCGCUAAUAAAUGUUAUUGAAAACGUUUAGAUAUCUACACGGUGUUCCAGCAAUUUAUUAGUCACAUCAGCUCCUUAUCUCUUUACAGCAGAUUUAACUUGAUUUGAUUUAAUAAGUCUCCAAACUUUAACCACUCUGUAUAUUUUGGUAGAUUUUCAUUUUAAAAAACUACGUUAUUCGAAUUAUUUAACGAAUACAAAAAUACAAUUAUUAAACUUUUUAAACAUUCCAAAAUAAAAUGUUUUUAAAUGUAGUCAUUCUUAAAUCGACUACACAGACGUUGAAUACAUUGUAGACAAAAGAAUUAUCGAAUUAUAACGUUUUCAAGCUACUACCUUGCUUAUUAUGUAUUAAUUAAGCUAAUUGCUUAAGCAAUAGAAGAAUUAUUUUUCAAAAAGUAGAUGUUUGGGACCAUAUACCAAAGAAAAACGUUUUUCAUUAUUGAAUAUAAUUUUGACACUAAUUUGAAUGGUAAAAAGUGAUAAAAAAGAUAAAGGAAACGAAUCUAAGCAAUAAAAACGUUUUUAAGAAAAAAUUACGCUUUUUUGGGCAUGUCAUGGUUAAUAAAUAAUUGAAAGUGGUAAAUGUAGUUUCACAUCAAUAUGGGCACUUCUUCAGGAUUUUGAAUAUUCUUUUAAGUAGAUAUCGUAAAUCUUGAAGAAGAGCUCGUAUGAAUCGAAACGGUAGAAGUUAAAUGAAUAAUAGAAACAAAUGGGCUGGACAUUUUUGAUUUAUGUUUCUAAUUUAAUUUUUUUCGUCGUUACUGUUUGAGUAUACUUUUAUCUGUGAUAAGCCACUGUGUACUUUUUUUAUUUGAAUUUCAUGUUAUAAUUAAA